AUGUCGACUAAAGCGAUUUAUGAAACAGCUGGAAAAGCUUUACUAACCAAGUAUCUUGGUAACACCGUUGCUGAAUGUCGUUGCGUCGACGUAGGUUUCAACACCAAUUGGAAUGAUUUAGUAAACAAUAAUGGAUGGUUACAAAACGAACGUUUGGUUGUUAAACCGGAUCAACUAAUUAAACGUCGUGGUAAACUUGGUCUAAUUAAAGUUAAUGUCGAUUUACAAGGUGCAAAAGAACAUAUCACAAACAAUAUAGGCAAAGAAAUUACCAUUGGGCGAACAGUUGGAAAAUUAAAACGUUUUAUUAUCGAACCAUAUCUUCCUCAUGAUGAAAAUACAGAUGAAAUGUAUAUAUGCAUUUAUUCUGAUCGUGCCGGUGAAGUGAUAUUGUUUCAUCAUCAGGGUGGCGUUGAUAUCGGCAAUGUUGAUGAAAAAGCAUUGAAAUAUAGUGUACCAAUCGAUGAAACGUUUAAUGUAACAGUAAUGGAAACGACUUUAUUAAAAAAUGUACCAGAAAAAAAACAGAAGCAUUUAUCAACGUUUAUAACAAAAUUAUUUGAAAUUUAUAUGGAAUUGCAUUUCACAUAUUUAGAAAUAAAUCCAUUAGUUGUAACUGCAGAUAAUAUUUAUAUAUUAGAUUUAGCUAGUCGUCUUGAUCAAACGGCAGAUUAUUUAUGUGCAUCAAAAUGGGGAAAAAUUGAAUUUCCACCACCGUUUGGAAGAGAUGCAUAUGCUGAAGAAGCAUACAUAGCUGAAUUAGAUGCGAAAUCAGGUGCAUCGUUAAAAUUAACGGUUUUAAAUCCAAAAGGACGUGUAUGGACAAUGGUUGCUGGUGGUGGCGCUUCAGUUAUCUAUAGUGAUACUAUUUGUGAUCUUGGUUUUGCUAAUGAAUUGGCAAAUUAUGGUGAAUAUAGUGGAGCCCCGUCGGAACAACAAACAUAUGAAUAUGCAAAAACAUUAUUAUCAUUAAUUGUUAAAGAAAAGCAUCCGGAUGGUAAAAUAUUGAUUAUUGGCGGUGGUAUUGCAAAUUUUACAAACGUUGCUGCCACAUUCAAGGGCAUUGUUAAAGCAUUACAACAGUAUCGUGAACAAUUAAUCGAAACUAAAGUAUCAAUAUUUGUCAGACGUGCUGGACCAAAUUAUCAAGAAGGCUUACGUAUCAUGCGUGAAGUUGGAGCAUCUUUAGGAGUCAUCAUACAUGUAUUUGGUCCUGAAACCCAUAUGACUGCUAUUGUUGGCAUGGCUUUAGGUAAACAUCCGAUUAAACCUCCCGAACAACCAGAAUUGACAACUGCAAAUUUUUUGUUACCAACAAGUGUCAAUAGUGUAUCCGAUGAAUCGCAAGGUGGUAGUCCUGGUUUGACUCAAAGCGGUGAAUCGAAGUCGUAUGUUGAACGUCCAUUGUUUACUGCGAUGACAAAGGCCAUUGUAUGGGGUAUGCAAACUAAAGCAGUGCAGGGAAUGCUGGAUUUUGAUCACGUAUGCAGGCGAUCACUUCCAUCUGUUGUGGCUAUGAUAUAUCCAUUUACCGGUGAUCAUAAACAAAAGUUCUAUUGGGGCCACGAUGAAAUUUUAAUACCAUGCUAUAAAAAUAUGGCUGAUUGUAUGAAACGACACUCAGAAGCUGAUGUACUCAUCAAUUUUGCAUCAUUACGUUCAGCAUAUGAGAGUACAAUUGAAACAUUGAACUAUCCACAAAUUCGAACAAUCGCUAUUAUUGCUGAAGGAAUACCGGAACAAUUGACACGUCGAAUGAUUCGUAUGGCAAAUAAAAAAAAUGUCUUUUUAAUUGGUCCAGCUACGGUUGGUGGUUUGAAAGCUGGAUGUUUUAAAAUUGGACAUACUGGCGGUAUGUUGGAUAAUAUUUUAAUGUCCAAAUUAUAUCGACCUGGAAGUGUUGCUUAUGUAUCACGUUCCGGUGGUAUGUCUAAUGAAUUGAACAAUGUUAUAAGUCGAAAUUCUGACGGAGUUUACGAAGGCAUUGCUAUUGGGGGAGAUCGUUAUCCUGGUACAACGUUUGUUGAUCACAUAUUCCGUUAUCAAGAUGAUCCAGAUGCCAAAGUUAUUGUUUUAUUAGGAGAAGUUGGUGGUAUAGAAGAGUAUCAUAUUUGUGAUGCUAUCAAAUCAAAACGUAUUACAAAACCAUUAAUUGCUUGGUGUAUUGGAACAUGUGCAUCAAUGUUUACAUCCGAAGUACAAUUUGGUCAUGCUGGUUCGCAUGCGUCGAAUGAUCGUGAAACUGCUCUGGCUAAAAAUAAAGCAUUAAAAGAGGCUGGUGCAUUUGUGCCAAAUUCAUUCGAUGAACUUGGUGAUUUUAUUCAUAUGGUAUUCGAUGAUCUUGUUCAGUCACAAUGUGUUACACCAAAACCUGACUUACUUCCACCGUCUGUGCCUAUGGAUUUUGACUGGGCUCGUGAAUUGGGUCUAAUAAGAAAACCAGCCAGUUUUAUGUCAAGUAUAUGUGACGAUCGUGGGCAAGAAUUGCUUUAUGCUGGAAUGCCCAUUACAGAUGUAAUCAAAGAAGAUAUGGGUAUUGGUGGUGUCUUGAGUUUGUUGUGGUUUCGAAAAAGAUUACCUAAAUAUGCUACAAAAUUUUUGGAAAUGAUUUUGAUGGUGACAGCUGACCAUGGCCCGGCUGUUAGUGGAUCACAUAAUACAAUCGUUUGUGCUCGUGCUGGAAAAGAUCUUGUCUCAUGUUUAGCUUCUGGUCUCCUAACAAUUGGCGAUAGAUUUGGUGGUGCAUUAGACAAUGCAGCUAAACAAUUUAGUGAAGCUUAUGAUGCCGGCCUACAUCCAGCUGAUUUUGUUAAUAAAAUGCGUAAGCAAGGUGAACUGAUUAUGGGUAUCGGACAUCGUGUUAAAUCACUAAAUAAUCCUGAUAUGCGCGUUGUGCUUUUGAAAGAAUUUGCUAAGCAACAAUUUACAACAACUCCAUUACUUGACUAUGCAUUAGAAGUGGAAAAAAUUACAGCUAGUAAAAAACCAAAUCUCAUUUUGAAUGUUGAUGGUGUCAUCGGUGUGGCAAUGGUUGAUUUAUUACGUCAUUGUGGAUGUUUUACAUUGGAAGAAGCAACAGAAUUUAUCGAAAAUGGUGCAUUGAAUGGUUUAUUUGUUCUUGGCAGAAGUAUUGGCUUCAUUGGUCAUUUUCUCGAUCAGAAACGUUUACGUCAAGGACUUUAUCGUCAUCCAUGGGAUGAUAUUGCCUAUAUUCUACCAGAAGCAUUAUAA